ACAUUUCCAUGGUACUUCAAUUCCUGUCAGACAUUUGAUAUAUAGCUAGCUCAUCGAUCGAUCUCUCCUACUCUCCUUGCUUCAAAGUCAUUUCAACUCAUGGCUUCUAAGGAACAUGUAUGUGACAAUUACUUUAGUUUGAAGCCAGAAGAAGCAACGCUCAUCGAGCUUCUCCGACUUCUGUUUUCCUCCGAUUUAGACAGCAGAAAAUUCAUCGAGUCCUCGGGAGAGGUUUGGAAGUUAGAACGAAGGUGGAUACUCCUCGUCUCUGUUGUAGUGCAACGGUUCUUCCUCUUCUGCAGUGUUCCUCUGGCGAGAAUAGGAGACGUGCUGCAGAAAUGGCUCAACCUUGUUUCGAUCAACGGCGGACCACUCAUGCUCUUGUUAAACCGGCUAAGAGGAAAGGUGAUGGAGCCGGAUUCGUUAUCAUCGACAUCGGCGGUUGGAAAUCUGGACAGGAGAAUUGAAUUAGACAAGAGCAUCAAACCUGAGAAUCCAAGAUACAAAGCGGCUCUCUCUAUGAUGGCUGCUAAGUUGUCAUACGAGAACAAAGACCUCGUUCAAUCCGUCGUUAACCAUCACUGGAAGAUGAAAUUCGUGGGAUUCUACAACUUUCGCAAUGGUUACCAAGGACGAGAUUCAACACAAGCCUUCUUGUUCAAAGAGAGACAGUCUGACCCUAACUUGAUUGUGGUGGCAUUUAGAGGCACUUCCCCAUUUAAUGCCGAUGCAUGGAGGACCGAUUUCGACCUCUCAUGGUGCGAGUUCAACAAAGUCGGUAAGACGCACAGUGGCUUCAUGAAAGCUCUCGGCAUGCAACCAAACAAUCGGUGGCCACUUGAACUAGAAACUGAUCAACCACAAGGCAGCAGUGACCAACAUCCUCAGUUUGCUUACUACACAAUCAGAAAAAUGCUGGUAGAUUUGCUGCAAGAGGAUGUGAAUGCAAAGUUUAUAUUGACGGGGCACAGCUUGGGCGGCGCGCUAGCGAUUUUGUUUGCAGGUGUGCUAGCAAUGCAUGAUCAUGAGUAUGCAUGGUUGCUGGAGAGGAUGGAGGGGGUUUACACGUUCGGACAGCCUAGGGUUGGAGAUGAGAAGUUUGGGGAGUUUAUGAAGGAAAAGUUUAGGAAGUAUGAUGUGAGGUAUAUGAGGUAUGUCUACAGCAAUGACCUGGUGCCUAGAAUACCUUAUGAUGAUAAAGCCCUCUUGUUCAAGCACUUCGGGCCAAGUCUGUACUACGACAGCUGCUACAGAGGAAAGGUUUUGGAGGAGGAACCCAACAAGAACUACUUCAAUUUGCUAUGGUUCAUACCGAAGAGGCUGAACGCAGUGUGGGAGCUGAUAAGGAGCUUCAUACUCCCUUGGGUGAAGGGUUCAGAAUACAAGGAAGGCUGGUUUAUGAGAUUUUGGAGGCUAGUCGGAUUAGUAAUUCCAGGAUUGGGAGCCCAUGCUCCUCAAGAUUAUGUUAAUCUUACAAGAUUGGGAACCCUGCUUCUUCCUCAAGAAAGUCCUAAAGUCGAGUAACAUGCAAGAAUUGGAACAUAAUAACAUAUAGCAUACAUCAAAUUAAAAUGAAUUAAUCAAUGUAAAGAAUAGCCAAAGGUGCCAUCUGAUUCCCUUGUAAUAUGAAAAACUUAAGCUCAAGUAGAUGAAUUGUAAUUGA